CAAAAAAGCGUACCUUUUUCUAUAUAAGUAACAUUCUAAAAUUGAAACAUUUUAAGUUGAAAAUUCGCCGUAGACACAUCGUUUCGGGGUGGAGAAGAGAAAAAGAAAAAUAAAAGAAAAAAAAAUUGAAAUAUAUUUUAAAAAAAUUAUUAAGUCAGUGAGAGUGAGACUUCUUCUUCCUCGAUUCUUUGCCAUUUGUGUUUAAGUGUCUGAAACGGACGCAAGUGACUCUUCUAUUUCAUCUUCUGUCAUUCAACUGCAUAUAGGAGCGGCAAUUUCAGUUGAGGAAGUGAAUAAAAAAAUCGGAAGAAGGAAUUUUUAGUGCUGUAAAAAUUGUGUUAUCAUAAUAUUGAUCUAUAAGAUCAUCAAUAAAGCUUAAAGAUAGUUCACAUCGUAAGAUAUAAAUAAUAGUCAUGGAUGAAAAGAAGAAAUAUUUAAGUGCCUCGGGAUACAGCCUUAGAGGAUCAAAUUAUUCAAUUAAUAUUCCACAAGAUGGGAUCAUCAAUCCUGGAUAUAGAGGCUCUAGUGAAUUUAUGUUGGAUGAAGAGGAACCAAAAUCGACAACAGAACAAAUUAAGGAAAUUCCUUCAAAGUUAAAGAAAAAGGCGCAGAAUGCAUUCAGAAAGAAAAAUAUCUACAAACGUAUUCCAAUCUUUAACUGGUUGCCAAAAUAUAGCAAAGAAGAUGCCAUUGGUGAUGUUAUAGCGGGAAUUACUGUCGGUCUUACUGUCAUUCCACAAGCUCUUGCUUAUGCUGGUAUUGCACAUUUGCCUGCUGCUUAUGGUCUUUAUGGUUCUUUCCUUGGUUGUUUCAUUUAUAUUUUCCUCGGUUCCUGCAAAGAUGUUCCAAUGGGGCCGACUGCAAUUCAAAGUUUGGCAACUAAAGGAAGUUGGCAAAAAGCUGUAAUUCUCUGCUUCCUCACAGGUUGUAUUGAGUUACUUAUGGGAAUUUUCGGUCUCGGAUUUCUGAUUGACUUUGUGUCUGGUCCAGUAUCAAGUGGAUUCACAAGUGCCGUAGCUUUAAUUAUCUUCACAUCACAAGUCAAAGAUAUUUUUGGAAUUGAAAGUUCUGGAGGGACAUUUGUACAAAUGUGGAGAUCAAUUGCCGAAAACAUGCAUGCUGUAAGAAUUGGAGACACCAUUAUGGGAUUAAGCUGUAUUGUUGUGCUGCUGUUAAUGAGAGAAAUUCCAAGAAAGUGGAAAUUCCAUCAUUUAAACUUUGCUAAUGGAAAUAAAUUAUUUCAGCUCCUUCCAAACAUCAAAAUCGGACCAAAGAAUGACGACGAGAAGAAUGCAUUCCACAAAAUUAUCAACAAAACACUCUGGCUUGUCGGAACUGCUCGAAAUGCUAUCAUUGUUGUUAUUGGUGGUGCCAUUGCUGCAUAUUUCUACAACAAAGGAAAUACUGACUUGCUUAUCAUGAUUGGAGAAAUUCCAGCUGGUUUACCUUCUUUCCAAAUCCCACCAUUCUCAAUUCCAGCUGUAGUCAAUGAAACCACUGGCGAAAUUAUUGAGGAAGGAUUAAACUUCAUGGACUUAAUCUCUGAGCUCGGUUCUGGACUUGUUGUAAUUCCAUUGAUUGCACUUCUUGAGAAUAUUGCAAUUUGCAAGGCAUUCGCUAAUGGAAAGACAGUUGAUGCUACACAGGAACUGAUUGCAAUCGGUACUGCAAAUAUUGCAAAUUCCUUCGUUCAAGGAUAUCCAGGUACAGGAGCACUUUCACGUGGCGCCGUCAAUAAUGCAUCCGGAGUUAGAACACCAAUGGGUAGCUUGUAUACAGGUAUUUUAGUCAUCCUGUCCCUCCUAUUCUUCACACCAUACUUCUUCUAUAUCCCUAAAGCCGGUCUGGCUGGAAUCAUUAUUGCGGCUGUCAUUUUCAUGGUUGAAGUUCGUGUCGUCAAACCAAUGUGGCGCAGCAAGAAAACUGACCUUAUUCCUGGACUUGCAGCUUUCAUUGCAUGUCUCGUAUUGCCAUUAGAAAUUGGAAUUCUUGUUGGAAUCGGACUCAAUAUUUUGUUUAUUUUGUAUCAUGCUUCAAGACCUAAAAUUCAUAUGGAAAAAGCUAUUACACCAAACAAAGGCAUCAAAUAUCUUCUCCUCACUCCCGACCGCUGUCUCAUUUUCCCAUCAGUUGAUUAUGUGAGAAAUUUGAUCAACAAACAGGGUUUGAGGACUCAAGUUCCAGUUGUUAUUGAUUGCACGCACAUCUAUGGAGCUGAUUUUACAGCUGCAAAGGUUGUUGAAACUCUCGUUAAGGACUUCAAUACAAGACGGCAACCAAUAAUUUUCUUUAACUUGAAGCCAUCAGUUUGUGGUGUCUUUGAAGGUGUGUCUCUUGAUUUCAAGCUGUAUUACGACUAUGAAGCUCUUGAAUUAGCUAUUGAGGAACUAAAUAUUAUUGGAAGUCAAAACAGUCUCCAUCCACAGAUUAACAGAAUUGCAACUGCUGAGUCAGCUUAAGAUAGUCCUUUGUUAGUUCUUAAACAUCACAAUAAUUAAUAUUUAAUAAGUUAAGAGAUAUAGUUGAGCAUGUAUGUGAGGUGAUGAAGACUUAAUUAGAAAUAAGACUAGAUUGGUGAAAUGUUCGUCUCUAACUUAUUACUAUUAUUGUGCCUUCCUGUUUGUAUAUAACGAUAUUUUAUUUAGAGCAUAAGAGACUAUACAAAGAAUUUAAUAAGAAUCAUUUAGACUGUUAGACAUGAGAACAUAAAAACAAAAAAAGACGAAGGAAAGUUGAUAGCCAUUUAAUCUUAAGUGUGAUACAAUUACGAUAUUUUUUGAUCUUCCAAUUAUAUUUUUAAUUCCGACAUGCUUAAAUUAUUAAUAAUUAUGAAAGUGCUGUAAUGUCGUUAAUGAAAAUAAAAUAAAAUAAGAUUAUGAAUGAAGAAAAAUGAAC